AUGAGCGGGGGAGCCGGACCGCUGGUCCCCACUUUCCACGGCUUCGUCCACAACAGCAUGGACGGCCUGGUCCUGUUUGAAGCCUGUCUCAGCGGAAAGCUCCAUCAUGUUCCACGACGUCCGCACGACCGCGAACGUAGCUCGCUGAUCAAGAGCGGCAGCAUCUUCAUCUACGAGGAGAAUGCGUCCGGCAUCAAGCGCUGGACCGAUGGCGUCGCAUGGAGCCCGAGUCGAAUCCUCGGCAACUUUCUCAUCUACCGCGAACUCGAGAAGCCAUUCCCACCCGGCGAGAAGAAGCGCGCCAUGAAGCGAAAACGUACGAGCAUUCCUGGCGAGCCAUACCCACGCCGUGAUUCCGACGAGAACGAAGCACCACCAGAGGAGUUGGAGAGAUCGCUGAUCGGGUCAUUGGUUGACAGCUAUGGGUUUCGACCGGAAGGCUUGGUGAAGAAGACGAUGAGCAUAUCUGUCAACGGCAUUUCACAUCACAUGGUCUCUUACUACAAGGUCGACGACGUCAAGAACAAUCUCCUCCCACGACCACUCAGCGAUCCUCGUCUGCAGAAUAUCUCCGUCCGACCCGAGCUCUACCUGAAGCAGAACUUUCGCGCGCCGGUUGAGGAG